CGUCAUUGCAGUGAUAUCAGUUAAGAGAAGUGACAGACCCGUCUCAGUCAUCAUCUUCUCAGAAGUCGUUUGAAGAACAAGCAUCCUCAGGUGUGAAAUGUGCGGUAUCUGGGCUUUGUUUGGCAGCGAUGAGUGCCUGUCCGUUCAGUGCACCAGUGCCAUGAAGAUCGCUCACAGGGGCCCUGACGCCUUUCGAUUCGAGAACGUCAAUGGCUUCACCAACUGCUGUUUCGGCUUCCACCGGUUGGCUAUUGUGGACCAGCUGUAUGGCAUGCAGCCUUUGCGCAUCAAGAAGUUUCCUUUCCUGUGGCUCUGCUACAAUGGAGAGAUUUACAACCAUCACACGCUGAGGACGCAGUUUGAGUUUGAUUAUCAGACCAAAGUGGACGGUGAGAUCUUGCUCCAUCUGUAUGACCGCUUUGGCAUCCAGAAGAUGGCUUCCCUCCUGGACGGUGUCUUUGCUUUUAUUCUGCUGGACACUGCCAACAGAAAAAUCUUCCUGGGAAGAGAUACGUAUGGCGUUCGGCCUUUGUUCAAAUUCCUCACAGACGAUGGAUUCCUCGCAGUCUGCUCUGAAGCCAAAGGCCUUACAGACCUUAGUCACACAAUGGACACCCCUGCCAACAUCGUCCCGUUCCCCCCCGGGCACUUUGAGGCCUUUGAUUUGAAGCAGAACGGCAAAGUUCAGUCCAUUCAAAUGGAUCAGUUUCACUGCUGCACAAAAGAGCCUGCUCACUCCAUGUACGACACAGUGGAGAGGCUGCCUACGGGUUUUGAGGAGGAGACGGUGAAAGCCAACAUCAGAGCCCUGUUCGAGAAUGCUGUCAGGAAACGCCUCAUGGCUCACAGGAGAAUUGGCUGUCUUCUGUCAGGUGGUCUGGACUCCAGUUUGGUCGCUGCUACGCUGGUGAAGCAGGCCAAGGAGGAGAAGCUGCAGUAUCCUAUUCAGACAUUUUCAAUCGGGUCAGAAGACAGUCCAGACAUCAUCGCCGCCCGCAAGGUUGCAACUUACAUUGGCAGUGAACACCACGAGGUGAACUUCACUGCAGAAGAAGGCAUCCAAGCUAUAGAGGAAGUCAUCUUUCACCUGGAGACCUAUGACAUCACCACCGUGCGUGCCUCUGUCGGGAUGUACUUGGUUUCAAAGUACAUCAGGGAGAAGUCAGACAGUGUGGUGAUCUUCUCUGGAGAGGGAUCUGAUGAGCUGACUCAGGGAUACAUUUACUUCCACAAGGCUCCAACUCCCAAAGCCGCUGCAGACGACAGUAUUCGACUGAUGAAGGAACUCUACCUGUUCGAUGUCCUCCGUGCUGAUCGCACCACUGCUGCACAUGGUCUGGAGCUCAGAGUGCCUUUCCUGGACCACAGACUUACAGCGUACUACCUUUCUCUGCCCGAGGAGAUGAGGAUCGCCAAGAACGGAGUGGAGAAACAUCUUCUGAGGGACUCCUUCAAAGGUCUCAACCUGAUCCCUGAUGAGAUCCUGUGGAGGUGCAAAGAGGCCUUCAGUGACGGUAUGAUGUCUGUGAAGAAGUCCUGGUACACCUUCCUGCAGGAGCACCUCGAGUCUAUGGUCAAUGACGACCAGAUGGAAAAGGCUCAUAAGACGUUCCCUCACAACCCUCCACACUCCAAAGAGGCCUACUACUUCAGACAGGUGUUCGAGAAGCAUUACCCAGGCCGAGCUAAGUGGCUCUCCCAUUACUGGAUGCCACGCUGGAUCGAAGCCACCGACCCAUCGGCCCGAACCCUGGCCAUCUACAAACCUGAUAAAGACCAGUGAGAUCUCCUGAACAGCUGUGUGUCUCUGUUCGUCAGUCAGAAAUAUGCUGGGCUUCUUAGCUUCUUCUACAUGCAUCAUACUUAGCUUUACUUUGGUCAACUCAGAUUCAAUUAAACUCGUUUGGAAUUACUUAUACUCAGCUUUUCAUACCUUCAAUGAAGUCACACUGUGAAGCAGUUUGUCAGAGUUGCUGACACUACGAGCUCAGGAGUUCAGUUGCAGUCAAGAAUUAGCUUUGACAAAGUAGUUGAGGGGCAGCUUUAGGGACUGUCGCUUCAAAUCUGCAAAGUCGUUCUGUAUGUCAGACAGAGAGGAGCUGUGCAGCAGUGCAGGUGGAUUCAGCGCCUCUGGUCGUCAGGUAUGGCUAAUGCUUAGAAACCUGCAACCAAGCCUGAUCAGACUGACUGUAGGGUGGCACCGAAUGUCAUUUUGUUUACAUUCAAAGUGUCAAUUAAUGUCUGUCAUCAUAUAUAUGAUGUCAUCACCCUAAAAAAAAAAAAAAACAAUCCCCAAAGAAAA